UAUUGCCCGACAGCGAAACCAAAACCAGACCGAACUUUUGCAUUUUACUUCAUCAACCGACGGAACAUCCGGCACAGUGUGACCAUGCCGUCGCGCCACAACCGUCCCGGACGUUCCAAUCGUUCGAGUCGUGAUAUGAACUGGAGCAAAUUGGUCAGGGAGAAACCGCUGGGCUUCGGAAGAAUGCUGCGAAAGGAAGCAGAUUGGGCUGUGGAGCAGCAGUUCAAGAAAAAGUUUCAGUUCCGACGGCCGGUCGAACAUCCACCGGGACUGCCUCCGCUCGAAAGUGUCUUUACCGUACCGGCGUAUACCGUGGACCAGUUACAAAAGGACAAGUCCGACCUCAACGCGGUUAAGAACCGAUUGAACGACUUCGAGAUCGGCGAGUGGCAUCAGCACACCCGGCGACGGUCGUCACUGUUUCCGAUUCUACAGGAGCUGCGUCACCGGAUCCGGGGGGAGUUCGUCACGCAAGCGUUCGCCAAGCUGUACGAAUGUGUCGCCGCUUACGAGCUUGUUCCGGGGGACGCGGCCGAGUUCUAUAGCGUGCACCUGUGCGAGGCCCCGGGGGCUUUCAUAACGGGACUGAACCACUAUCUACGGUUGACGCGUGGGGACAUACGGUGGCAGUGGUUCGCCAAUACGCUGAACCCGUACUAUGAGGGAAAUAGUAUGGGAAACAUGAUCACGGACGAUAGAUUCAUUUUGGAAACACUGGACCGGUGGUGCUUCGGAGAGGACUGUACCGGGGACAUAAUGAAGCGGGAAAACUUGGACGCGAUCACGCGUCGAGCGAGCGAGUUUCCGAUGGUAAACCUCGUCACCGCCGACGGCUCGAUCGACUGUCUGGACGUGCCGGAAUCGCAGGAAGAGCACGUGGCCCCGCUGCACCUAGCAGAAGCCGUAACGGCGCUGAAAAUGCUCACCCGAGGCGGUUCGUUCAUCCUGAAGAUGUUCACCAUGUUCGAGCAUACGAGCGUCGAUUUGCUGUACCUGCUGUACGUGUGCUUCGACGAGUUGAACGUGUUCAAGCCGUGCACCUCGAAGCCGGGCAAUUCCGAGGUCUAUGUGAUUGCGAAGGGUUACCGCCGGCCGGACGGCAUUGAUGCCUAUCUGGAUCGGAUGUUUGCAAAUUUGAGCUCGACGAAGGCAAUGUUCGAUUUGGCAACGUUACCGGAGGAUUUUGUGGAGCAGGUUCACCGGUGUGCGUACAUGUUUUUGUGUUUUCAGCAGGAUGUCAUUGAGCACAAUAUUCAUUACUAUCGGAAGGUGGACAGUGAAGAAGAGCAAAAGUUAGAGUGGGUUAAAAGCCAAAUGUGCAGGAAGUUCUUCGACGUGUACCGGAUAAAGCCGAUUCGUCCGUCGGAGGCAAUCUUGAACGGGGUGGACAUUGUGAACGGUUCGGUGAAUAUUAACCCACGAGAUCACACCGGAACGUACAACGAACGCAGUACCAACAGUUCGUUGAGUGGUGAUCUGAAGCGCAAACAGCUGCGGGACAAGCUGAAGAAUCUCACACUGAACAAACCUCGUUUCAACCCUCGCUCCAAACUCAACGAUCGUCCGUUUGGUCCGCGCAAAACGUGCCACGAGUUGAUCUCGUUGAGCUGCGGAAAAACCAUCGAAACUCUGUACAGCAGCAAGUUUGCGACGCUUUCGUACGUGAAAUUUCUGAGCGAGGUCAUCGACGCGGCUGCAACGUGGAAUGUGCUGCCCAAGGACGAGCCACGACCGCCGCUCUUCACUUUGACCCGUGCCACGUACACUCUCAAGAUCGACAUUCAGAUGUACGCCGCCCUUACCAGCUACAACCUGUACGAGAAAGAACUUUUCCGGGUCCUCCUCAAAAGCAUCACGGAACUACCCCUGCAAGAGGGUAUCGACCAUCUUAUCGUGGAAAACUGGCUGCCGUUGACGCAGUUUAGCGCGGGACUGGUAUUUUUCCUCAAAACCUACGUAUUUGACGGGGUCGAGUGUACUAGCGAGCCACCGAUUCAGCUAAAGUUCUACGGGCUGAAAACUGACGGCAUCGCCAGCUUGCAGCACUUGAACGAAGGCCUCCAGUCGGAGGACAGUCGAGAGUCGCCGGCGAAAACGGUGCUCGGAAUCGUGCCCAUCCGAUUGCUGUUCGACGGUGGCUUCUACUACGCCCUGCUGAACUACAACAACAGACUGUGCCUGCAGUAUUGCUCGGAGCUGCUUGGGAAGUGAGCCUGUUCGGUUUUGACAUCACAUCAAAGUGAGAGUGAUUUUCACAAAGCAUUUCGACUUUAAGCUUAUCUUUAGAAAGAGGAAAAAUGGUUACCUUAACAUUAGAGUAACUCGCCUAAGUUUAUUUAUUUUUGUUUGUAUGCUGAACUGAAUAGAUUCGUUGAAUUCGACCAGAGA